AUGAAAGGCCAACGAGAGGUUAUCACGGGGUGUCGAGCGACAGUCAUCGGCAAAUUUAUGCGUUCAAUCUAUCUAUCUCAGACUGUUUGUUUAUCUAUCUAUCUAUCUAUCUAUCUAUCUAUCUAUCUAUCUAUCUAUCGUCUCACUCUGUUCAUUAUCUAUCUAUCUAUCCCAGACUCUUUUUUAUUUCUAUCAUUUGUCAAUAAAAUUUAUCUAUCUAUCUAUCUAUCUAUCUAUCUAUCUAUCUAUCUAUCUAUCUAUCUCGGUCGGAUCCCAUCAAUCUUUCUAUCUGUCUAUGUAUCUUUCUCUCUAUCUAUCCCUCUUUUUUUUCCAUUUCUAUCAUUUGUCAGUCUUCGUGCAAAUAUAUAUUUUUAUACAUUGAUUCAUUCGAAAACUGAUCCCACGUCUUUCUGUCUGUCUAUCUAUCCUUGUCUUUUCAUUAUCUAUCUAUCUAUCUAUCUAUCUCAGUCUCUUCAUUAUAUAUCUCAGUCUAUUUAUUUUCUUUCUUUCUUUCUUUCUUUCUUUCUUUCUUUCUUUCUUUCUUUCUUUCUGUCACAGUCUUUUCAUUGUCUAUGUAUCUAUCUAUCCCAAUUCAUUCCAUAUCUACCUCAGUCUGUUUCUAUCUAUCUAUCUAUCUAUCUAUCUAUCUAUCUAUCUAUCUAUCUAUUGAAAAUUUACGAAAUAAAAUAA